AUUUCAUUUCCACACCACGUCCACAACCCACGACCACACACCGUUAACAAUGUUCUCACCCGUAUCUAAUCCCAACUCCCUCCGCCUCCGACCACCGUCACCGCCGCCGCUACACGCAUCCCCCACGGCUCUGCCGUCACCCAACAUCCGUAAUUCAACUCGUACAUCACCUAUCUCCGCCACCGGUGACAACACGUGCUUUGCUACCUCACCACCGUCGUCGUUGUACGGAAUUCUCGGAAUCUCGAUGGAGGCUACCGAAAGUGAGAUCAAAACGGCGUACCGGAGGCUCGCCCGGACGUCACACCCGGAUGUGAAUGACUCAUCCGGAGAGGAGUUUAUGAAAAUCCACGCCGCGUAUUCCACCCUAUCGGAUCCCGAUAAGCGAGCGGAUUACGACCGGAGGAUUUUCCGGACGAGCCGGUCUCAAACGUAUUCGAGUGGCAACGGGUUUAACGGUUAUAGUGGUCGGAACUGGGAGACGGAUCAAUGUUGGUAACACUAAUCGAAGAUUCACCGUUUCAACCGAUCACUGUAUAAUAAUAUGUAUAAUAAUAUGAUAUGAUAUGAAAUGAUAUAGAAUUAACAAUUAGAUUGUACUAAUUAUUUAGCUAAUGAAGUGACCAGUAGGAUAUUAUUACUAAAUUACUA